AAUAUGGUUCCGCAGAACCAGCUCACAUUUGCGUGCCUGCAGAAAUAAACUAACGUUUAAGUGUUUUGGGAAUGCCACUGUGCUUUCGACUGAGAAGUUUCGAGUUGUGUAGGACCCAAACAUAUCAACAGGCCCAGUGAAUGUUCUCAAAUUAUAUACAAACGCUCUAAAUCAUCAGAAAGUUACUUAAACGAACACGGAGUCAAGAUUGUUUUUGUUGUUAGUGGUGUGAGUGAGUCAUGGCAUUUUGGACGGCGUAGAAAAGGCAUUGUGCAUUGCAUAAAAAAAAAAGAGUGCAGGUAGCAUCUCCCCAGCCGCACACAACAGUUGAUCGGAUUCUGCGGCAAUGCGACCCCCCCGUCCAGUGUAGUCCAGACAGAGGAACAACACAAAUCGCACGGAAGGAUUUGCAACAGCUGCGCCCAUAUCUACACGCACGCACCCACACAGUCGCAGCAACAGCCUGUGUCACAUACUCUCGCACCCGUUCGCCCGCCUGCUCUCACACUCUCGCCCAACCACGCACUCACACAAGCAAUAGAAGCCGUCUGUCGUCACAGUUGAGUACUUUUCGGUUUUUUGUUGUUGUUUUAUGUUCAGCCACGGGCGGCAGCACUGAGUGGAGAAGCCACAGCAGCAGUCGCUAGUGGAGAGUGAAGAGUGGAGAGUGUCGCAACCAGUAAGACCAGGGAACCGAAGAAGCGGGAAGACUGUUAACACACAGCAAUAGAAAAUAUAGUGUUUGUUUGUUUCUGUGUGUGAGCGUGUGUGAGAGAGAGAGGGAGCGACGGAGCCCAGCCAGACCCAGAUAAACCCACUUUCGCCAGUCCGAAACCGAAGCGAGGCAACAGCAGCAGUCAGCACCACCAUGGUGGAUCGUCUUGUCAACUCGGAGGCCAACACGCGCCGCAUCGCCUCCGUGGAGAACUGCUUCGGUAGCUCCGGUGUACCGCUGGCCGUACCCGGCCGUGUGCUCGUGGGCGAAGGUGUGCUGACGAAGAUGUGCCGCAAGCGGCCAAAGUCACGCCAGUUCUUCCUGUUCAACGACAUCCUCGUGUACGGGAACAUUGUGAUCGGCAAGAAAAAGUACAACAAGCAGCACAUCAUGCCGCUGGAGGAGGUGUCGCUGGACUCGAUUGUGGAUAACCAGCAGUAUCGGAACGGCUGGUACAUACGCACCACCACCAAAUCGUUUGUGGUGUACGCGGCCACCAGCACCGAGAAGCAGGAGUGGAUGGCGCACAUCAACAAGUGUGUGGAGGAUUUGUUGCGCAAGAGCGGCAAGAAACCCGUGGAGAAUCACGCCGCCGUCUGGGUGCCGGACACGGACGCCAGCAUCUGUAUGCACUGCAAGAGGACGCAGUUCACCUUCAUCCAGCGCCGGCACCACUGCCGCAGCUGCGGCGCCGUUGUCUGCGCCGGCUGCUCCUCGAAGAAGUUCCUGCUGCCGCAGCAGAGCACGAAAUCGCUGCGCGUUUGCGAUGCUUGCUAUGAGCGUCUCAAGCAUGUGCCCAGCGGUGCGGGCGAGGAGUUGGCAGGCGCGGCCGCUGGCGGUGUCAAGCACAAUGCCAGCGGUCAUGGCCCGACGGGCGAUAGCUCCAACGAUGAGGACACUGACGAGGAGACGACCUCGCCGGGCGGUGAAUCGCACGACGAGCCGCGCUUCUACGGCGACAGCAGCGUGCUCUCCGCGGACGAUAGCCAAUCCACGAUAGCCACGCCACCAUCCUCAUCCUCAACGACGACGGUCAGUCCCAGCCAGAAUCCUGCCGUGGCCUCCUCAAUGACGGGCUCCCACUGUUGAGACAAACAGACGCACGGACAAAGGACGGAGCUGCAGACGGACAAACAUGAUCGAAUCACGAUUGGAUAACGGCAAGACGAACAACGCAAGCGAUGCGAGCAGGAGGAGAUCAAGGAAAUACGAAAGAUGACGGUAUUCAAGGCGCGUCCAAAUCCAUUUAAGUAGCCCCCAAAAAACACUUUAACCUGUCCAAAAUUUCGAUGUUAAGCUCCUUCCUCCCAACCCCCCAAAAUCCCCAAAAAAACCCACUUUCCGAAAUGUAAUCUGUAAUUUAGAGCAAGACUAGGCGGCGAUACGCGGGGCGGUGAGGAUUAUACAUAUGCAUACAUAUACAUACAUACAUUUAUUUUUGUACCAACCACGAAGAAGAUUGGAGAUCUGGUCAUCAAAGAGAAGGAAACAAUAAGAAGCGGCAGUCAGAAGGAAAUCAAAAAUUGAAAAAAUUAAAUGAUAUUUGAAUUCUGGGAAGCGGAAGCGGAAGCAUCCUUCUACCUACCAGGAGAUAUCUAAGAAGACGCUUGUCUAGAAUCACACCAAUUCACGAUAAACACGUACUAUCUAUAUAUAGUUUUUUUUUAUCAGAUUAACUCGAUUUGUCUCUAACAUUAUUUUAUACUUACAUUCGUUCAUUUAUAUAUUGUAUAUCUAUAGAAACAAGCAUUAAUUUUUUUUCGAUGGGAAGCCACCUCUAAUCGUACGUUCUCGGAUGGGAAGGAUAACUAUAUAAAUAUAUAUGUAUACCAUUAGGCAAUUUGCAAUUGCAAUCAUUAACUGUUUUCUAUUUGUAAUAAGUCGAAAGAAACAACAAAACA